AUGUCAUUUGCGGAAGCGGAAGAAAACGCUACGUCGUCUACGACAAAUAGUGAAGAAUAUGAAGAUGCCCAAGACGAGUUAUGGCCACUUCCGAAUCGUUCCAUGUUGAUAAUUGGUACUGGACGUGUCAAUAAUCAUCCGUCACGAUCUGAUUCAUCAUUAGUUGGAAGUGAAAUAAGUGAUGCGGCAAUCAGUAAGCAAUCGCUCUCGUCGCGGUCUGAAAAUAUUUCCGCUUCGCCUAUUUCCUCAUCGUUAAAAGAUGGGGUAGCGGCGGAUCGUCGGUAUCGUUUAGAUGCUUUACGGAAUCGAAUGACAAGCGAAUUUGGGUCAGGACAUACGUUGCUGAACACUGGUGUUGGUGGUUACACCGAUGAUGAUGCUGGUUCAGCGAGCGAAAGUGCGUCUUUGGCAUCUUGGGGACGUAAUCUCCUUAUACAAGCUCCUUAUGCGAAGAUGAAAUUGGUGUAUCCGGCUGAUACAAUUAGCACGAAGGCUUUUUCCAGCCAUCAGAAUCUAAGCAGCGGAACAGACUCGUUUUCACAGAGCACUAAUUCCGGUAAUGACAAUGUAUCGAAGAAUGCGGAGUCAACAACAUUAUCUCAUUUUUCAACAUCGUCAUUAAUAAAAAUGCCAUGUGAUAAUACUACCUUCUGUGUAAAACUCCCACCUCCUCAUAGUGUUCCUCCGCCACUACCACCAAGAAAGCCGUGCGGAAGACUUCCUAAUGCCCUUUCACCUCAACAAGUGGAUUCACUUAUUGGAAAAGGGAUUUCGCCAACAAAAGAAGUCGAAGAAGCGAAGAGUGACGCAAGCUAUUCAUCAUUUCAUACCUUCAAGCCAGAUAAAUCAUCGAAAAAGGAUUCUGUUUCGUUGGUUGACGGUUUUGCCCGAUUGCGUGGACAUGCGAAAACAAAUUCGCUGGAUCGUGGGUUGAGUUUAGCAAAAAGCAUGAAAUCGGGCCCGUUUCCACCACGUAGUAAUAAGAGUAAUUCCUUAAAACGAGAAUAUUUUGCUGAUUCUCCAUGUAGCCCACCUUAUUUGUCGUUUGAUGGAGGAGAAGAAGAUCUAAGGAACAGCGAUGCACAGGGCAUUAUUCGUCAAAUCACCUCUUCAUUACUCAGUGAACCAUUAAAAGAAGAACUGCUGACGUUGGAAUCACCUGUGCAUGGUAUAUCAAGUGGCCGUUUGUCGUCGGUUGGAGAAGAAUUUUCUACGAACUCUUCAAUUUCUGCUUGCUCCCCGAAAAGAUCUGUUUUAAACGAUGGCAAGAUACCGGACAGCACUUCUCAGGACAAAUCAUAUAAGAUGCAAAUUACAAUUCCAAAAUCUCCAAGUCACCCAAAAAUGGAUUCAGAUUCGUCAUCCAAAGAUUUUGCGGUUGGGGAUCGCUCGGGACCAACGCCGGAGCAAGUUUUCAUGAAAGACGACUGUAGCGCACAAAAUACUCAAACCGAGUAUUCAGAUCCAAUAACUCGAGAUGUGGAAAGGCGUAUGAGCAUGAAAGGACAUCAACAGACUUCUGGAGAAUUGGAAGAUGGUCCUUCACACAUAACUUCAUCGCCGAGUAGUUUUGGUCGAGCAGCGGGAUUUGUUAAGGGAUAUGGAACCUAUGCAUCUGAGCUAUUUCGUGGUGCUUUCUUAAGAGCAAAAAAUGUUGUAUCGUCAGGCUCAACAUCAAAAUUCUCCAAAGAAGACGAUGAAAGUUGCAAUGAAAGUGAUCACGAAGAUUCUGCUAUAGCUGAAGGUACUCCCAUUGUACGGCCAAGGAAUUCGAAGAAAGGACCAUUUGAUUUUGAUGGCACACGUUGUUAUCAGGAAUUGAACAAUGAACAUACGGGUGCUAUAUGGUGCAUGAAGUUUUCGUUGUGCGGGCGUCUAUUGGCUACGGCUGGUCAAGACAGUAUAAUACGGGUUUGGGUGCUACGCAAUCAUUUGUCAUAUUUUAAUGCCCUACGUGACCGUUAUAAUUCACAUUCUAAGAAAAUUUCUAUGAUUGUGGGCGAAAAUGUGUUGCAAAAUGCGAUGCAAGAUAUUGAAAAUGAUUUACGUUCUUCCUCUACUACGCUUGGCGGUAGUGGCGGAUCAUCCACAUCACACGAUGAUGAAAAUAAUUCCUUAACGACUGCUUUAAUGGCAUCAAAACCAUUAUGUAUAUAUAGGAGUCAUACUGCCGACGUAUUGGAUUUGUCAUGGUCUCGUAAUUAUUUUAUUCUGUCAUCUGGAAUGGAUCGUACUGUGAAGUUGUGGCAUCUUUCUCGUCCAGAAUGUCUUUGUUGUUUUCAACAUAUGGAUUUCGUUACAUGCAUUGCCUUCAUGCCAAAGGAUGAUCGGUAUUUUCUUUCUGGCUCAUUAGAUGGCAAACUUCGUCUGUGGCAUAUACCGGACAAAAAAGUGGCCUUAUGGAAUGAAGUGGAGCAAGUAAAAUUCAUAACGGCUAUUGCAUUCGCCAAAAAUGGAAAAUUUGCGGUAGUGGGUACAUACGAUGGUCGUUGUUUUUUCUAUACAACUGAUCAACUCAAAUAUCAUACUGUCAUUGACGUUAGAUCAAGCCGAGGCAAAAAUGCUAGAGGACAUAAAGUAACAGGUCUAGCUGUCCAUGGAGAUAAAUUGUUGGUCACUUCGAAUGAUUCACGUAUACGGAUGUAUGACCUACGAGAUAUGGCCCUUACUUGCAAAUUUAAGGGUGCUCAGAAUGAAAGGAGUCAAAUUCGAGCUUCUUUAUCACCUGAUGGAAAACAUAUUGUUUGUGGAAGUGAAGAUCGUUUUAUUUAUAUUUGGACAACUGCUGAUUUACCAUCCUCAUUAGCUGUCCGCAAAGAUCGCAACGAUUCAUGGCAACGUUUGCGAGGUCACUCAGCAUGUGUAACAGUAGCAAUAUUUGCACCUCGUCCACAAUUGUUUCUUAAUCUUCUGGAGCAACGUCGCAGCGAUGAUAGGAGUGAACAGUCAAAACCUAGCAAAAGUAUAUCAGAUCGACAAAUUCACGGUGAUGUCAUCAUUUCGGCCGAUCUGAACGGUUCAAUUCGUAUUUUCUUUGCAUUAAUGCCUUCUUUGCGGCAUUUUUCGUCUAUGCUAUCAAAAUUGAAUUUAUCAUGGCAUCGAAUAAUUCCUUCCAUGCGCUGUUUAAUGAGUUCUAAGCCUAUUGACACAACUGAAGUAAUCCCAUCUGCAUCGGAUGACAACGACAGUUCAGCUGUCGAAAGUGAACUUUCAUGUGCAGCCAUGGACGCCAUUAAUAAAGAAUGCCCUAUCUUACCGUACAGUCAAAAAGCAUUGGAGACAUUGAAAUUAGACAAAUAUCCUUACUAUGUGGAACGUGAAUGGUGGAAACAUGGUAACAGAAUGACAUUUUGGUCGACUUGGCGAAUGAAGAGAGAUGUCAAAAGGCGAUAUUUGCUUGCUGAUCUUGGCCCAGAUCGUGUCCGAUUGAAGGCACUGAAAUGUAAUACCAUACUGCCGGAACUGAUUAGAGAUGAAUGUGCUAAAAAAUUGCAUAAUUUUCCUAAAGGAUCAUGUCCAAAUCUCGUUCAACAUUUAUGUCAGUUUAGUGGUGCACGACGUGACGUCUCGCUGAUCAUGGUCAAUUAUCCGGUGUGCAGCGAGGAGUUUGGUGAUGAAUGUGCUUUAAAUUGGUCAUCAUGUGCUGAGCUAUAUUUCUUAGCUUCCGAAUCAGUGGAACUUCCGGAUCCCACUACAACUUUUUUAUCAAAAAGCGACGUUGUGCAAGCCAACAAAUACAUUCUAGGAUUAACAGCAAAGACCCCUCUAACAUGGACGAGUAAUGGAAAUAUUUUCAGAAGACCACGAGCAUUAGCAGUAGUUACUGUCAUUGGUGGGAAAGCUUUGAACAAUCUCUCAGCAUCCGGGUAUGCUUUGUCAACAGAUGAAGAUGAUUUCAACCAUGAGAAACUGGUGAACAAUAAAAUAUUUGCUGAUGAAGGACAGGAAUGGAUUUUGAUGCGUAAUGCUAGGCUGGAAGGUUCACAAAUUGCUUCUGAUGCUCAGAAUGCCUUCUCAAAAGUUGAAGUCAAGACGAAAAGCAAACUACUACGACAGGAAAUUGAAAAUCUUUAUAAAAUUGCAGAAUCGAUUAGUAAAUCGAAAGUUGCUCCUACUAAAAACGUUCCAACAAUUUUCAUUAUCGACGUGAACGGUUUGCUAACUGCUGGACAAGAAUUAUCCGAAGAAGAAUAUAAACGAGCUGUUAGUGAAUUGGAAAACGCUAUCUGGCACUUAAUUUCUGUGCUGAGAAGUAUAUAUAAUGAUCGCGUGAUUGCGGAGCUCAUUACAGAACCGAUGUCUGAAAUCAAAAGGAGACAAAAAAGACAGAAUCCUGAAAGUGGCGUUCAUCGGAUAAUGAAAUUACGGAAGGAUUUAAACGUUUAUCAGUUCUCGUCAACCAAUUACCCAGCUAUGUUUGGAAUAUUUUUGCUUACAAGUAUUGCGCUUUCAGUAGCCGUUCUUUUCGUAGCUAUUGGUUUAUGGAACAUGGAACCAGGUAAAGAUUCAAUUAUUUAUCGUGUGGUAACAACUCGGAUGAAGAAAGAUUAA